AUGAGCAAUACCCGCGGGCGGAAUGACUCAGGCUCCGGUAGAACCCGCGGCUGGCUCCCGCCCCCCGCUUCGUUGCCGUCAUGCCCCCAGGCAUCGCCCGCGCAAGUUUCCGCGCGUUCACCGCAGCUUUCCGCGAGUGUUCCAUUGGUGAAGUGGCUUCCGCCUUCGCCGCGGAAAGAGCUUCCGCAAAUUACUCCCCAUCCUUCGUCGCAACCCGCCUACCGACGGAUUCCCGCCCUCGCCGUCUGUGCUGCGCCGCGCGCUAGACCCGCCGCAUCUGCCGCUAGGCCCGCCCCGACUGACGGCUACCGCCUGCUGCCCGCCGCCCCGUGUCUUGCGGAGGACUCCGCCGCCGUGCCGCACGCGCGCAUGGACGACGCCGAGGCCGCGGAGAAGGCGGGUGACGACGGGCGGGACUGCGGGGCGGGGUGCCCACCAUACAUACGCAACGACGUGUGGCCGCUGCUGCUGGGCAUCCAUGCAUUGAGCAGCACGGAGGAGGAGCGAGCGCAGCAGCGCAGGGCGCACGGGGCGUGCUACCACAAGCUGCGCAUGUGCGCGCGCAUUCUCGCCAACCUGCACCGCCACCCGCCCUCCGACCGCGCUGCUGUCACCGCUGUCGUCUCACAUGUCUGGACCACCAUCUCUGCCGCCCGCCCCGCUCUCAAUGCCGCCCAACCUGCCUCACAUGCCUCCACACAUGCUCCGUCACACGCUUCACAUGCACAUAGCCCUGCCUCACAAUCGCACCCUCACAUGCCAGGUGUCACCAGCCCUGGCAACCAACGCAGCAGCACAAGCAGCGACCCUUCAGGCGGCGAUGAGAAUGGGAACUGUGCUUCUAGCAGCGCUGCUAGCUGUGGUGAUAGCAGCAAUGGAGGUCACAACUUGACUGGCAGCCCAAGCACCCCGCCUCCUGCGCCCGCUGCGACCACAAGGGCCACCACUACCACCAGAAUCACCUCACCCCUCCCCUCCCCCUCCCCCAUGCUAGCCCCAUCCCCGGCGGCAGCGCCUCUGGUGCUGCACGAUCCCGUGGCUCUGCUCUCAGACUUUGGUGCAUGGCAGCGAGCUAUCCGCCUCGAUGCCAUGCGCCUCAGCGCGCAGUGGGACCCCUUCUGGGGCACUGGCGAUGGGGACGAGGGGGGGGGGAGUGGUGGAGAGGUUGGAAGUUUGCAGUCGCCUUGUUCUCCUGCGUCCACCUCUCUCUUCCCCGCCUCGGCGUCCUCCCCCGGCUAUGCGCACCCUGUGCAGAGGUGGAGCCCCAGGGCGCAAGGCGGGGUGCGCAGGAGGGAUAGAAGCGCGGUCGGGGGUGGAGUCAGUGGUUCAGGUGCGUGCAGCACAGGGAACAGCAGCCGCAUUAGCAGAAGCAUCUAUGACAGCAACAGCAAGGCUGACAGCAGCAGACGGGGGGUGAGCUUGCAGGGAGAGGCGCUGCACCAUUCACCACGCCCCUCCGUCAUGCCGUCUCCACUCACCCCGGCCCCCCGAGCCACGUCUCUCCACCGCUCCACAAACACCCCUGUGCGCCCUCUCCCUCCUACACUCUCCUCCUCCCCCUCUCGGCCGUCCCCCCCUGACUUGCACGGCAUGCGUCUCAACUUCCUGCUGGACGAGUCAGGCAUUCACCGCCAGCUCGCAGCACUGGGCCGCAUUCUCCGCCUCGCCGACCCCGAGCUGCACGGGCAAGUGAGGGACAUGGGCGGCGGGGACUGUCUGUUUGCGUACCGCAUGGUGGUGGUGGGCAUGCGGCGGGACCUGCCCCUGCCGCAGACGCUCAUGCUGUGGGAAGUGUGCUGGGCUGACGCCCUGGCUGCUGCCAUGCCGCAGGGGGGUCACGAGGAGGAGGGGGAGGAGCUGGCGGGUAAACAUCAGGAGGAGAGGAAGCAGCUAGUGGGCCCGGCAGGGGUGAGUGAUGAGAAGCUGUGGAUUAAUGAGUUGCCUAGGUGUAAUGAUCAUAAGGAGAAUAUCAGUGCAGCAGGUUGCAUGGAUGGGGGGAGUGGGUAUGGCAGCGGGCAGCAAAGGGUGGGCACAGCUCUCGUAAUCCAUGGGGGAAAGGCAUGUGCUACAAGUGAUUCUUGUGGGGAUGGAAAUGGGCCACGGUGCAGUGCGCCUGUGGUCUCCCAAUGUCUUUCGGACGAGGUGCAAGUACAGGAGGAGCAGCAGAAUGGCGAUUCUGAUGAUGGAGGGGAAGAGGAGUUGGGACCACCAACGGGAAGCCUGCUUUUAUUUGUGAUGGUGGUGCUUAUAUAUCGCAUCACGCUUCGAGGUGCGCGAAAGGCCAUGGCACACCGUGAGCCGGCAGCGCGGCACGCGGUCGUGCUGGCAGCCAUCGUGCUGUGGCUGUGCGCCAGCCCCGCAUCGGCCGCCGACUGGGAAUCCUUGAAGAACGUACUGGAUCCAGCGGGAUCUGUGCUAACCACGUGGACCAAUCAGCAGGAUCCCUGCUCACCCGCUCCGUUCCUGGGCGUGCGGUGCGACGCGAGCAACAACGUGGUGGCGGUGGACUUAGCGAAUCGCAACCUGGGCGGGCAGGUGCCGGAGCAGCUGGUGCAGCUGUACGGCGUCACGACCGUCAACCUGCAGGGCAACGCGCUCACGGGAUCGCUGCCCUCGUCGCUCAACAGCCUCGCGAAUCUGCAGGCGCUUCUCCUUUCGUCUAACCAGCUCGCCGGGCCGCUGCCCGAGCUGUCGUCGCUGUCGCAGCUGACGAUGCUGGACGUGUCGCACAACCAGCUGCAGGGCUCCAUUCCCGACUGGCUCUCCGACCUGUCGCAGCUCAAAUACCUGGAGCUGAACUCGAACCGCUUCAAAGGCUCGCUCCCCGAGUCGCUAUCCGCGCUCACGACGCUGCGCGAUCUGCACGUGGACGGCAACAAGCUCACGGGCAAGGUCUCCCCGUCGCUCGCCUUCCUCUCCGCCACCGGCGCGUCUUUCAACUUCACCCAGAGCCCCGGCUUCGUUCUCUGCGGUCCCCCGCAGCUGGGCCUGCCGCCCGACUGUGCCGCACCGUCGUCCCCCGCCCCUCCCGCCGCUGAUCCCGGCUCGUCGCAAUCAGCCUCACCUCCAACCGCCGACACUCCCGGGACUGGCUCCAACUCCGCUCCUGCCGCCGGCAAAGGCGAUCCCGCGACUACCGCGGCGACUCCCGCCGCAACUCCCGCUGAUAACUCCUCGAGCAAUACGACGUCAUCGUCGGGCGGGUCGAGCCCGGUGGUGGUGAUAGUAGCGGGCGUGCUUGUGGGGCUCGCGGUGCUGCUGGCGGUAGCCAUCGGGCUGCUCCUGUGGCGCAUGGGCUGGUGCGGACGGCGCAAGGCCGCGCGCAAGCAUUCCGGCGCCGUGUACACGCACGCGCCCAAGGACGCCGCCGAGGUGCGCCUUAAUAUAGUAGACGGGCCUGCCCAGUCUAGUAAGGCAGCAGCCGCAUCUGGCGGCGCCAUCGACGCCGCGAAGCACGGGGAGGACCAGCCGCUCAAUGCGCCUCCGGUGGCCGUAAUCUCCAUUGCAGCCCAUAAGACGGCUCCUGAUGACGCCCCGUGGACAUCUGAUGUCGGACCGUUGCCGUCGUCACGACUUCCCUCCGCCACGUUGCCGCCGUUACCUCCCCCGCCCUCCACGGCACUCAGGGGAACGUCGAGCGCAAGCAGCGCGGAUGGCGCGGAAAGCGGGGAGCCGGUGGGUAGCUACGCGGCUGCUGUCGCUGCGACAGCAUCGGCGGCAAGCUCUGGGGGCAGGUUCGGGAGAUGGGGGAAGAAACGGGGAAAAGCGCAAGAGGGGCUGGCGGAGGGCGGAAGUAUGCGAGCGAGCGAGGAGGGAGAGCGGGACGGGGAAGGUGAGGGCGGUGGGGAAGCGCGCGAUGAGUUGCGCGCUGCCCCGGUCAGCCUUGCCGCUGCAACAACUGCUGCUAUUACCGCCGCCGCUCCUGCUGCAUCUGUGCGCGCUGAUGGCGCUGCGGCUGGUGAAACCCACUCUGCGGAGUCGCCGUCGUCAUCUUCGUCGGCGGAGCUCUCCGCGGGCGCCGCCGCCCCCUCCGCCGCGGCGGCGGCCGUGGGCGUGGCGAGCGCAGAGUGCGAGGAAGAGGAGGAGGGCAGUGAGUGCAGCAGCGGCAGCGGAAGGAGCGGAACAUCCUCCCAAGGCGGGCGCGGUAGUGCGGCCGACGCGAAAGACGGCGACGGUAAGGGUGGCGCGGCGGAGAGCAGCAUUGGCAAGGCGGGCACGGGUGCAGGUGCGGGCGCUGCGGGCGUGUUGGCGACGAGCGGCGCAGCGGAGAGCAGCAGCAGCCAGGGCAGGAGCAAGAGCUCGGGCACAACGGUUAGCAGCGCCGCUGCCGCUGCUGUGUCGAAGCUGCUGGGACGAUGGAGGCAAUCGCACAAGGAGCAGCAGGGAGCCGGCAAUAACGCGAGCGCGCCGCCGCACGACGCGCAAGGGGAGGAAGGGGCAGAGCAGAGGGAGGAGACGGAAGAGGUGUCGAGUAGCGAGGAGAGUGGGGAGGAGGUGGAGGGGGGGGAGGGCGACGAGGCGGAGAGUGCGGCGGAGAAGAGCGCGCAGCAGUGCGCGGAGAGUAGCGGCGCCGAGCGGGUGAGGAGCCUGCCCUCGUGGGCUGCUGCUGCCAGGACCGGCGCGGCUCCCGCCGCCGCCGGCGCCACCGCACUUGGCGCUUCUGCGAUGACGGCAGCAGGGCAAGCAGGAGGGGGGGUGCAGGAGCCAGCUAGCCCUGUGAUAGCUCCACGGACCAAUCAGGGCGUGCCACCUGUGCUGUCGCCAAUGCAGCAUCCUCCCGUGAUCAUCCCGCCGGUUGUUCCCCUCCCCUCCCUCCGCUCGCUCCCCGCCGCGUCGCGCUCCUCCGCCGCUACCGCCGCUAUGCCCCGAGUGUCGUCCGCGACAGGCAUAACAGGAGCGGGCAUAGCUGGCGCCGCCGCCGCUGCAGCGGCGAGGGCAGCCGCCACGUCACCGCAGCAGCAGCAUUCGACGCCGCAUCUCCCGCUCGACGACGCGCUCCGGCUCCCCCCUUCAGCCGCCGCCGCGGCUGCAGACCCGCUGCCGCCUCCGCCUGGCCUUCCACCUUCGUCGGCGCCAACGGCGGCGUUGGCGGGCCUCCGCCCCGCGUACGGUGCGGCGGGGCGGGCGCUGAGAGCAGCGGACGUGGAGGAUGCGGAGGACAGGCGGGCGGGCGAUAGGGGGGAGAUGGGCGCAAGUGGUUCCGCCGCUUCCUCCACUGCCGCAGGUGCUCAUGCCGCAGACCUGCCGCUGCCGCCGAAGGCGAGAAUCAACGGCUCGGAUGGCAUCGCGACGCAAUCCGACGACGGCAGUGUAGCGGGGAGCGGAGUGAGCGUUGGGGGCGAGUUGCGGUGGUUCUCCGUGAGCGAGCUGGCCAUGGCCACGAACGAGUUCGGGCGCAACGCGCAGCGCAACGUGGUGGGCACGGGGCGGUACGGUACGGUGUACCGCGCGCGACUGGCGGACGGCAGCACGGCUGCCGUGAAACGACUGACGCAGUACAAUCCCGAUCAGACCCCCCGCGAGUUCCGCUUCGAGGUGGAGACUCUGGCGACGCUGCGCCACCCCAACCUCAUUGCGCUCAUCGGCGGGUGCUGCGCGGAACCCGCGGACUGCGGCUCCGCGGGGGGCGCGGAGCGCAUGCUCGUGACGGAGUACGCUGCGAAUGGCGAUCUGGACACGUGGCUGCAUCCUGACGACGCUACGCUGGCAGCCAAUGCCGGGGCGCAGAUGGAGGCCAUUGAUUGGCCGAUGAGGAUGCACGUGGCCGUGGGAUGCGCGAAAGGCCUGGCAUACCUGCACGACGUGCGGGUGGUGCACAGUGACGUGCGCGCGGCCAACGUGCUGCUGGACCACCGCUGCGACGCACGCCUCUGCGACUUUGCCUUUGCGCGCAUCGUCGGCAGCGACCCCAAGCACGCCUCCGCGCGCCACGCCCUGCGCUCCUUCGGGUACAUGGCGCCCGAGUACAUGAACACGGGAGUGCUGACGGAGCGCAGUGACGUGUACAGCUUCGGAGUGCUGCUGCUCGAGAUCAUCACCGGCCGACGCCCCAUCGACAGCCAGCGCCCCUCGCACGAGUCGAACCUUGUGAAGUGGGCGAAGCAGAUGGCGGGCGAGGGGCGCUUCUUGGACAUGGUGGACCCGCGCCUGUGUGCGCCGGACAUGGGCGGCACGGCAGCAGUGCCGGUGGCCAUAGAGGACGCCACGUACGUGGUGGGCGUGGCGCUGCGCUGCCUGGAGCCCAACGCGCUCAAGCGCCCCAAGAUGAAGCAAGUCGUGCACAUGCUCGAGAGCGAGGACCCAUGCCUUAGGGAGGACUGGGUGGCAAGGCGGCCGUCAGUCACGCCACGAGCGGUGAGGGACACAAGCCCCUCGUGGUCCGCUGCACGAGCAUUCACCGACUCAGCAGCGCGCACCAGCCCACGCUUCGCCCUCUCCUCCCCGCGCCACAUCGACCCCACUUCGCCCCUCACCGGCGCUGCAGCCACUAGUGCUGGCAGUGCGUAUGGUGGUGGUCUUGUUGCUCCAUCCGGGUCUGCUUCGUACCGCAGUGCGAGUCCGCGCAGUGGCUUCUCCCCCACAGCUGCCAGCCCCAAGGCCGCUGACAUCGGCAGCAUGAUCACCAGCGCUGCCCUGCGCGGCAACAGCCCCCACCAUGCUGGGAACAACAUGAACAUGGGCAUGGGCAUGGUCACUCCCACACACAGUGCUGCUGCUGCUGCUGCGGCUGCGGGCCACAGCCCCACGGCUCCCUCCCACGGCUCGUCCUCCUCGCCCUUCCACACAGCAGCAGGGCACCACCCCAGCACGUCCCCAUACAACCACCACCACCACCACGCGCACUCACACGGGUCUGCAGCAGGAGCGGCAGCCAUGGCAGCAGCGGCAGCAGCAGGGGGGUACGGCCAAAGCCCUCCGCCGUACGGGCUGCAGUCGGGCAGCCCAGCAUCAGCAGCAGCAGCGGCAGCAGCAGCAGGGGCGUAUGGGCAGAGCCCUCCGCGAUUUGGCCAGAGCCCUCGAGCAGCGGCUUUCCUUGCAGGCGUUGCAGGAGCAGGCAGCACAGGGAGCGCCACCGGUGCUGGUGCCCCGGGGGGUGGUUAUGCAGCCGGGGGAAGUCUGGGUGGCGGGAUGGCAGUUGGGGGAAUGUAUGGAGGAGGCAUCGGAGCAGCGGGGGCAGGAGGGUUGUAUGGGCAGAGUCCCAGAGCAACAGGGUACUAUGGGCAAAGCCCUAGAGCCGUUUCGGUUUAUGGUCAGAGUCCCACUGCUCCCUCUUAUUAUGGGCACAGCCCCACUGCUAGAGGGACAAGCCCCUCCGCUGCAGCAUCGCGCGUGACGGCGUCAAGCCCAAGGGCUCUCAGCUAUGGGGAUGGCAGUGCAGGGAACAUCAUUGCCAGCCAUGCUAUGAGCAUUUCCAGUCGUCGGAUGCCAUCGUGGAGUAGGAGAUAA